GGUCGUAUUAGCCAGUUUCUCUCUGAAACCGAAGCUGAAGUACACAGUGGGUCUACAAAUUUGGGCUGCAGGGCAUUUUCAGGUCACUUAUUAGGUUGCCUCUCAGGCAAGGAAGAUCUUUUCCUUUGUUUAUUUGCCCAGGCAAAAAGACCUAGUGUAUUUUUCCCCCGAACACCAGGAGAACUCCUCCCAAGCAGCUUGACUCCACCCAUUUACCAGAGAAGAUUCGAGGAGCAAGUUAUCGAAACUGAAACUAACCAAUUCAAACUUUAAAAACUUGAUUCCCCGGUUUGUCACCACCCAGGAACCGGGUGACAGAAGCAGCAGAAACUUCCUCCCAGGGAGCGCAGCGCAAAUAGGGGACAGGACAGUAUCACCUCCCGGAGCAUCGCGACUGGGGGGCAAAGACCGGGGGCAAAGACCAGGUUCUAAUCCCGCGGAUUAGCGGGUACCGCAACUCCGUUAGCCCGUUUAGCCCCGUUAACUCUACAAUCAAGUUUUAGGAAACUUCAAGGCAGAAAGAGCUGGGGGCUCUAAGGGGAUCCAAGGGCCGGGCCGAGGGCGCAGAGGCUGGAGUGCUGAGCGCCUGCCGCUCCAGGACCAGAGUCGUCGCUUCCCCCUCUCUCCGUGAAAAAUGUCUUUUGAAUCGUCCCAGGAAAAGAAUUUCCUCAACUUGAUCCAGUGUUUCAGGCCCAGGCUGAAACAGUACAUUAGGGUGGAACCGGUGCUGGACUACCUGACCUUUCUGGAUAGAGAGAAGAAAGAGCAUAUUCGCCAAACCGCUGCUACCCAGGGCAACGCUGUAGCGGCGGAGUUCCUCUUGAGUACCUUAGAGAAAGGGACCUGGGGACCUGGCUGGACUCAGGAAUUUCUCACGGGACUUAACCACGGGGGCUGCACCUUAGCGGCUCGCUACAUGAACCCGGACCUCGCUGAUCUGCCCUCUCCAUCCUUAGAGACCUGUUAUGAUCAGUGCGUCCAACUGCUGGACAUUUUACAACCCACCCUCGUCGACAAACUUCAAGCUACGGCUGUUGUAGACAAAUGUCUGGAGAAGGCUCUGCUAACUAAAGAAGACACAAAUCGGGUUAUUAAUCUUAAUGAAAAUUAUGGAAAUGAACAUGCUGUCAGGGAGCUGCUAAAUAGGAUAGUGCAAAAAGAAGACUGGUUUUCCAAAUUUCUGAGUAUUCUUCGUGAAACUGAACAUAUCAAGCUUGCUGAAGACUUCAUAGCCGUUGAUUACUUGGAAGACAAUGAAGAUCAACAACAAGAAGAAAAUGAUAUCCUAUCUGUGGAGAGUGAUGAAUUGGAAUCAUCUUUUGCAGGUUCUUCUGUGGUUUCAGAAUCAGACACAAGUUUGGCAGAAGGAAGUGUCAGCUGCUUAGAUGAAAGUCUUGGACAUAACAGCAACAUGGGCAGUGUUUCAGGCACCAUGGGAAGUGAUUCAGACCAAGAUGAUGAGAAGAAAAGAGCAUCUCCUGAGCCAGAACUGGUCCUUAGGUCUUAUCAAAUGGAAGUGGCCGAACCAGCUUUAGAAGGGAAGAAUAUUAUUAUAAUCAUCCCUACAGGAAGUGGAAAAACAAGAGUAGCAGUUUACAUUGCCAAAGACCACUUAGAUAAGAAGAAAAAAGCAUCAGAGCCUGGAAAAGUUAUGGUACUUGUGAAUAAGGUACCAUUAGUUGACCAGCACCUCCGCAAAGAGUUUAAUCCAUUCUUAAAGAAAUGUUAUCGUGUCAUUGGAGUAAGUGGUGAUUCCCAACUGAAAAUAUCAUUCCCAGAAGUUGUCAGAUCCUAUGAUGUUAUUAUCAGUACAGCUCAAAUCUUGGAGAAUUCCCUUUUGGACUCAGAGAAUGGAGAUGACGAUGGUGUCCAAUUAUCAGACUUUUCCCUUAUCAUUAUUGAUGAAUGCCAUCAUACUAACAAGGAAGCUGUCUAUAAUACUAUAAUGAGACGUUACGUGAAGCAAAAGAUGAAGAACUGUCGAUUGAAAAAGGCAAAUAAACCAGUAGUACCUCAACCUCAAAUACUUGGACUGACAGCUUCACCAGGUGUGGGAGGAGCCACAAAGCAAGCGAAAGCUGAAGAUCAUAUAUUACAAUUAUGUGCUAAUCUUGAUGCAUCUAUGAUUGUCACUGUUAAAGAAAAUGCUUCCUUUCUGAAAGAACAAGUGAAGGAGCCUUGUAAGAAGUUUGUGAUUGCAGCUGACAACAGAGAAAAUCCAUUUAAAAAGAAACUUGUGGAAAUAAUGACAAAUAUUCAAAACUUUUGUCAAAUGAAUCCAACAUCUGAUUUGGGGACACAAAGCUAUGAACAAUUUGUCAUUCAGAAGGAAAAAAGAGCCGCAAAAGAAGGGAAUUGCAAAGAACGUGUUUGUGCAGAGCAUUUGAGGAAGUACAAUGAAGCCCUACAAAUCAAUGACACAAUCCGAAUGUUAGAUGCAUACCAACACCUUGAAAGUUUCUAUAAUGAUGAAAAGGAGAAGAAGAUGGCAACACAAGAAUAUGAUCAAGAGGAGGAUGACAAUGAAAAAAAAGCAUUGAAAGUAGAUGAGACAGAUACAUUUCUUCUAGAUUUAUUUUAUGAAAAUAAGAAAGAAUUGAAAAAACUGGCCAUGACUCCAGAUUAUGAAAAUGAAAAACUGACCAAAUUACGAAACACCAUAAUGGAAGAGUUUACUAAAACUGAUGGAUCUGUAGCCCGGGGAAUAAUCUUCACCAAGACUCGGCAAAGUGCAUAUUCUCUUUCUCAGUGGAUUAACAGUAUUGAAAAAUUUGCAGAAGUAGGAGUAAAAGCUCACCAUCUAAUUGGGGCUGGAAAUAGCAGUGAAUUUAAAGCCAUGACACAGAAUGAACAAAAGGAAGUAAUUAAUAAUUUUCGUACUGGAAAAAUAAACCUACUUAUUGCCACCACAGUGGCUGAAGAAGGCCUGGAUAUAAAAGAAUGUAAUAUUGUAAUUCGUUACAGUCUCGUCACCAAUGAAAUAGCCAUGUUGCAGGCCAGAGGUCGAGCUCGAGCUGAUGAAAGUACGUAUGUACUAGUGGCAAGUGAUGGCUCAGGAGUAGUUGAACGUGAAAAUGUUAAUUUAUAUCGUGAGAAGAUGAUGCAUAAAGCUAUUGAAAGGGUACAAAACAUGAAACCAGAGGAGUAUGCUCAGAAGAUUUUGGAAUUACAAAAGCAAAGUUUAAUGGAAAAGAAAAUGAAAACUAGGAAAAGUCUUGCAAAGCAAAUCAAGGACAAGCCAUCAUUAGUAACCUUCCACUGUAAAAAGUGUAAUGUGCAGGCUUGUUCUGGAGAAGACAUCCAAGUGAUUGAGAACAUGCAUCAUGUCAUCAUGACACAGGAAUUUAAGAGUUUCUACAUUGUAAGAGAAAAUAAAGCACUACAAAAGAAAUUUGCAGACUAUCAAACAAAUGGUGAAAUCAUCUGUAGUCAGUGUGGCCAGUCCUGGGGAACUAUGAUGGUGAACAAAGGCUUAGAUUUACCUUGUCUCAAAAUAAGGAAUUUUGUGGUGGAUUUUAAAAAUAAUUCCGAAAAGAAACAGUACAAAAAAUGGGUGGAAUUGCCUAUAGCAUUUCCAAAGCUUGACUAUGCAGAACAUUGUAUGUUUAGUGAUGAAGAUGAAUAUUGACUUAAGAUUCUCUAAAUUCUUUGAACUUUACAUUUUUUCCAUGGAAUACAGAAUCAUAUUUUUUGCAAAGAUUGCUCCAAAGUGUUGAGAGAAAUUUCUUUAAAUCAUUUUGAGCUCUUUGAAGAAAGGUACUCUGUCAGGUUUCAUAUUAUCUAUGUUAUUAGGGAGCAAGUAUAAAAAAAAAAUCCACAAAUGAUCUAAAACUGCAUUUGAUUAAUGUAGAAGACAGCAUCAUUCUGGGAGAACAAGAAGAGGCUUGAUUUGAAACUCACUAAUCUUGUAUUCUCUGAGAAUCAUAAGUGGCAGAAAAUUUACCAUAAAAGAAAGGAACUCAGAAGGAAAAGAAAUGAAAGAGACAAGUUCUAGGUAAUCAGAACUUAAAUAUUUAAGACAUUGUUAUUUUUCAGUCAUUGCCAUUAUUUAUUCCCAAAUUUCAUUUGCUGAUUUCUGCUAAUUUAUUUAGUAAAGAAAUAACAGUUGUCUCUUUCUUUUCAAAAGUCUAUUUGUGGCCACUCUGAUAUUUCCUAGUUCCCAUAAUAAAAGUCAAUGAGAAAAAGCAAGAGUUGUUUCUGUGAAUCAGUGAACAUUCCCCAUGAGUAGACAGAAUAACCCUAGUUAAAACACUUCUGUUUUCUAAAAAAAAAAAAAGGAGGGCCAGGAACCCUGAUCCUUCUUUACUAAGGAACAAUAAUCACUGAAUUCCUUCAGCUGACUUGUUACAAGAAAGUUCUCUUCUGAUGUAUUAGGAAGAGAAAACUGUGUCUACUUACUGAAGAUUCUUCCUUCUCCUCUACUGAUUCUUCAAUUUAGAGACAUAAAAAUGAACUUAAACAUCAUAACUUUUAUUUUUCUGAUGAUAUCAAGAUGCAAAUUUGCAGUAUAAGAUGCAAAAAGAACAAAUUAAUUUAUUCUCCUCUAUUAAAACAAAACAAAAAAUACCCUGAAAGAACACCUACAGAUUACAGAGAAAGUAGAACUCUCUUCAAAUGACAUCUGGAAACUUUACAAAAAUAUCAACACAUAAAAAUAGCUAAUUGAAUAGCUAUGAAUUUUUGAAAUAUCAACAAACAUCAUAUUUUUUAUCUAGGUUUCCCAGUGCUUUCUUCAAUGCAAAAAUAAUUUGUCUUCCAAAAUCUCAAGAUAUAUGUUUCAAAUAGUCUAAACUUUUAUUUUUGCUAGUGCCUCAUAAUGGAGACUGAUGGUAAAUGACCUUUUAUUCAAAAAUAAAAGUAAAUCUUCAUUAAUUUUAUACUGAUUAUGGCUGCUAUUGAGGAGUUGCAAAUGCCUAAAGCAUGUUAGAUACCUUAUAGAACAUGCAUAUGCAUGCUCCUUAACUUACAAAAAUGUCUUCUUAUCAUUGUUCAUGCUAUUGGUUAAAUGACUGUAGAGUAAAAUUCCAUAUAGCCAUUUAAGCAUGUUUGCACAAGAGAGGAAAAAACUGGGCAGGGGAAAUAAAUCUGGCUCUAUUCCACUAUGCACUGUUUUUAUACACAUAUAUUUUUAUUUGUCUUACAGUUUUGUGCUAUGUCUCGAACCCUUACUGAAUUGUAAGCUUCUUGGGGGUGAGGACUGCUUUUCAGAGUUUCCACAAGCAUUCAUUAAGUAUUUCCUCUGUGAAUAGAACUGUGCUGAUCUUUGUAUUUCCCUACCAACACAGCACAAUGCAUAGAAUGGAAGAUUUAGAAUCAGUGUUCUUAACCUGUGGCCCCUGAACUUUUAAAAGCACUUUAUUAACUGCAUUUCAAUAUGCUUAUUUCCUUGGUAAUCCUGUGUAUUUUAUUUUAUGAAGUUAAAAACAUUCUGAAAAGAGAUCUAUUUGCUCUACUAGACUACCAUAGAGGUCCUAUGCCAUAAAACAUAAGCUAUAAAAUAUAAGCUUCUAAAGGUCUACAUGAACUGAUGCAGAGUGAAAUAAGCAGAACCAGGAGAACAUUGUGCACAGUAAUGGCAAUAUUGUAUGAUGAUCAACUGUGAAAAAUUUAGCUUUUCUCAGUAAUACAAUGACCCAGGACAAUUCUGAAGGACUUAUGACAAGGAACCUAUCUACCUGUAGAAAAAGCACUAUUAGAAUUGGAAUGCAUAUUAAAGCAUGUUCUUUUUUACUAGUUUAUUCGUGUUUUUAUUUGGAGGUUUGGUUUUAUAUAAACCUUAUCUUACAACAAUGACCAAUAUGAAGUAUUUUUGCAGGAUAAAUUAUGCAAAACCCAGAUUGCCUACCAUCUGCUGGAGAGGGGAGGGAAGGGAGAGAGGGAGACAAUUUAGAUCUUAUAAUUUCAGAAAAUAUAUGUUAAAAUUUGUUAUUAAAUGUAAUUGGGAAAGUAAAUAAAAAAAUAAAUGAAAAGAUCAAAGAUGAAAAAAUAAAAUAAAA